AUGAACCGAUACACAACUAUGAGGCAGCUGGGGGACGGCACAUACGGAAGUGUGCUUAUGGGCAAGAGUAACGAAUCCGGGGAGCUGGUGGCAAUCAAGAGGAUGAAGAGAAAGUUUUAUUCUUGGGAUGAGUGUAUGAACUUGCGAGAAGUUAAGUCCCUGAAGAAACUCAAUCAUGCCAAUGUGAUUAAACUAAAAGAAGUUAUCAGAGAAAAUGACCAUCUUUAUUUUAUAUUUGAAUAUAUGAAAGAAAACCUCUAUCAGCUAAUGAAAGACAGAAACAAACUGUUCCCUGAAUCUGUCAUCAGAAAUAUUAUGUAUCAAAUACUGCAGGGGCUGGCCUUUAUCCAUAAACAUGGCUUUUUUCACAGGGACAUGAAACCUGAAAACUUGCUUUGCAUGGGUCCUGAGCUGGUGAAAAUUGCUGAUUUUGGACUUGCAAGAGAAUUAAGAUCACAGCCACCAUAUACUGACUAUGUGUCAACCAGAUGGUAUCGGGCUCCUGAAGUUUUACUAAGAUCUUCAGUGUACAGCUCUCCCAUUGAUGUGUGGGCCGUGGGAAGUAUAAUGGCCGAGCUCUAUACAUUUAGACCACUUUUCCCAGGAACAAGUGAGGUUGAUGAAAUCUUUAAAAUUUGCCAAGUUUUAGGGACUCCCAAGAAAAGCGACUGGCCGGAAGGGUACCAGCUUGCAUCCUCCAUGAAUUUCCGCUUUCCCCAGUGCGUUCCUAUAAACCUAAAAACUCUCAUCCCCAAUGCCAGUAGUGAGGCUAUUCAGCUUAUGAUGAACAUGUUGAACUGGGAUCCAAAGAAACGACCAACUGCAAGCCAGGCAUUGAAACACCCAUAUUUUCAAGUCGGCCAGGUACUGGGCCCUUCCGCACACCAUCAGGAUGCAAAGCAGACUUUAAACAAGCAGCAGCAGCCACUGGAACCAAAGCCAUGUAUCUCUGAACAGGAUCCUAAGUCUUUGCCAAAUAUACUUGAUCAGCCUGCCGGGCCGCCCCAGCCAAAGCAGGAUCACCAACCACUGCAGACCAUUCAGCCACCACAAAAUCCAGCCAUCCAGCCAUCUUCAAAGCAGCAGGGCCACCAGAAGCCACCACAAACAAUAUUUCCAAGUAUCAUCAAAACCAUGCCAACGAAGCCAGUCAACACGAUGAGCCACAAAGGAGCUCGGAGACGCUGGGGUCAGACGGUCUUCAAGUCUGGAGACAGCUGUGACAACUUUGAGGACUGUGACUCCGGAGCCUCCCAUUCCAAGAAGCCGAGCAUGAGUGCCUUCAAGGAAAAGAAGAAGAGAGAGCCUCCGUUUCGGUUUCCAGAGACUGAAUCCCCAGGCUCCACCCUUUCCAAGGGGGAAAACAGAAGUUUACAUGGGGCUGUUUCCUUAAAGUCCGAUACAAACGUGACAACUGCCUCAACAGCUAAGCAGUACUAUUUGAAACAAUCAAGAUACCUUCCAGGUGUGAAUCCCAAGAACGUGUCUUUGGUAGCCAGUGGCAAGGAUAUAAACCCACACGCUUGGAGUAAUCAACUAUUUCCUAAGUCGUUGGGAUCCAUGGGGGCGGAACUUGCUUUCAAGAGGAAUAACGCAGAAGAAAGCAUAAUUAGACCGAUUGAAAAACUGUCAUGCACUGAAAAGUCUGCUGAGAAGCUAGAGGACCCACAAGGAAACCUUGGAAGCUACACCACUUACAACCAGACAGGAUACAUGCCUUCCUUUCUCAAGAAAGAAGUGGGGUCAGCUGGCCAGAGGAUCCACUUGGCACCUCUUGGUGCAACGGCUUCGGAAUAUACCUGGAAUGCAAAGCCUAGCCGAGGCCAGUUUUCAGGACGAACUUACAAUCCCACAGCAAAAAAUCUCAGCAUUGUGAACCGCACACAGCCUGUACCCUCGGUGCACGGGAGGACGGACUGGGUGGCUAAGUAUGGUGGCCACCGGUAG